AUGGCCACAUUUGAGGAAGGAGUGGAAGCACUCAUGAAACUCUCCAAAGUUGAAGUUGAAAACCGCAAAAGCGAAGACAUGAAGGAGAUUGUUAAUUACGAGAAGAACAUCGCCAAAUUGCAUCAAAGAAUAAACCACCGGUGCUCCAAGCAACUGACGAGUGAGCGCUUUGCGCACUUCAGGGAGUUGAGAGAACAAGCGAAGAAGGCAAAGUGCAGGAAGUCAAUCGCCGAAUUGGAGAAGAAGAGAUCGAAGAAAUUGAAUUCCCUGGCAGAGGCAGAGCACGCUCUGUCAAAGAAGAUGAACCAAGAAGAUUUUGAGACGGAGGUUGAAAAGGCACGGGCUUUGAAGGAGUCCCAUGUCGUACGCCUGGAGCUUAAUGCUCGCGAGAUCCGGUUUAUCAAUGUUACUUUGAGCAAAAAGGUCUCUGGAGAAAUGGCUGAGAACCUCUGGGAGCAGAGGUACAUGGUUAUGUCCGAGGAAGAGCUACAGGAGGAGUUGUCGUUCCGUAUGAGAGAUGACUUGAUCUUCAAAGAGGCUAUUAGAAGGAAUGCGCUGAAUGACGGAACCUUUCAGUGA